AUGCCAUCAACAAAGUACACCAUCAAAAUAGUGAAACAAUGCGAUAUCGAUCCCGCAUCUGACCCGGAUCAAACACGGCGGCGAAGAAUAAGCGUUCGGUUGAAGCGACCGAAUCCGUUGUUCGAAAUGUGGCUAGAGGAAAUGAUUGCGAAAGCCGAAAAUAAAAACACAAUGGGGAAAAUUGCCCUACAAAAAGCCCUUACGUCCCUACGUCGGUAUCCUUUGCCGUUGGCAUCUGGGAGGGAUUGUAUAGCGCUGAUGGAUUUUGGUAAAACGAUCUGCGAGAACCUCGAUCGGCGGUUAAAAUCCUACCUGGCCAGUGGUGGACGGAUACAAACCGAGCAUAAUGCUUCUAUUGAAGCAAUAUUGAAUGAUGUACAGAGUGAACACUAUCAGGAGCUUACUAAGCACCUUCACCACGACGAGGAAGCAGCUGUAAUUGAAAAUAACGAUCCUUGUAAUGAUGGCAUGCCAGAUGAUUCUAUUUUUGAUCAAAUCCCAAUCACCACGGAGGAAGAAAAGCUCAGAAACAUCUCGCACCCAAAAGCAAUUCUCCUAGUGGACACCUGCGAAACUAUUGGCAAAUCAAAAAGCGGUCUGGAUAAAACACUCCAAGAGCUAUCUCGGAAUGCGAUCGAGCAUGAAGUACGUCGGUUAAGUGUGGGAGAUUUCGUUUGGAUAGUCAGGGAUAAUUCCGGUCAAGAGUUUCUCUUGCCUUACGUGAUCGAACGUAAGAGGAUGGACGAUCUCGCCAGUAGUAUCAAGGAUGGUCGGUUUCAGGAGCAAAAGUUUCGACUUAAGCAAUGCGGUCUGCCGAAUGUGAUCUACUUGAUCGAACAUCUGGGUAACAAUCGGCAGGUCGGUGUUCCAGAAGCCACGCUAACUCAGGCUGCUUUAAACACCUACGUGCAGGGCUUCACCGUAAAGUACACAGAGAAUCAUCAUCAUACCGUCUUGUAUCUGUCGGUCAUGACGAACUUCUUAAACAACUAUCUCAAGAACAAAUUAUACCUGGACAUUACCAAUCGGCCAUCGUCGGAAAUUAACGAUCCAGCUGGUUACCGCUUUGUCGAUCAAACGGUUCCCCUUUUCUCAUUCGCUUACUUUUACAAACAAUCCUCGAAAACGCGUGAUAGCACCGUGCGGGACAUUUUCAUGAAGCAGCUUCUGCAGAUAAAGCUGCUCACGAUCGAAAAGGUUAACGCCAUCGUAGAAAAGUAUCCGACGCCGCAAUGUUUGUUCCGCGCCUACGAACGCUGCCCGAGUGAGGAGGAGCGACAGCGCAUGCUGAAUAUCCCGUACGGUCCAACGAACCGGAUGAUCGGAGAAAAGCUCAGCAAAAUCAUCUAUCAUCUGAUGAUGGACGAACGGUACAAGCCGUGA